AUGGCCAGCAGCGCAGAUGUUUCCCCUCGACUUCUCUCGCGCGUGUCGCCAGAGACUGCACUGAAGUACGCUGUCGUGGCAUCGGCAGUCGAGCGCCGCAGUUUGCGGUCUCGCUCGAAGACGUCUUCUCUGACCGUGCCCCGCCAGGAUGUGACUCGUGAAAACCGUGAACGGGUGGAAAAUUCUUUGUGUCUCGGAAGACGAAAUAGCGGAGCGUCUUACAAUUCGGAUCCUUCCCGUUUUAGGGUGACUGAAGACCGAGAUGAGAAUUCCUCGGCGCCGGUGUCGCAUCUUCAGUCCCACUCUCAACGGCGAGCAAGCCCGGCGAAAGCGAGAGACGAACGCAGCGAGUCGGAGGACGACGACGUUGAGGUUUCGGGGGAGCCGAGGAAGAAGACAAGGUCAGGUAUACCGACAUGCCAUGCGCCGCAUUUGCUUUCUCGCAAGGGUGCCGAGCGGCACAGAGGUCCAGAGGAGCACUCGACUCCCCGAGUUCCUUUGCUGACUACAAAACAGCAACUUCUCCUUCUGCGUUACCUCUGCAUCUCGAAUGACGAAGCGUCAAGAGUGCUCGUCCAAGCGGCUGCCCGACAAACCGGGCCUGUUGCUGGCGCGGCUGCAGUGGCAGCAAGAUACCUCGCUGCUCACCAGGUUCCAAAGAGACCUUUGGGAGACGAAAGGCGUCGGGGACAAGAACUCCUCAAGGUUCGCGGGGUUUCGGGGGCUCCAUCCCGUGCUGUACAGACAGGUGGCUUGGAGGCAGACUCUCCGCGCGCGCUGCCUUCUCAAAGUGGAUGGUCUGACCUCGACAAGCAAAGGGCCCACGGGAGGGGGACGGCUCCCCAGGACUGCGCUGGAGAUGGUGACUCUUUUCCAGGCGAGUCAAACGGGGAGAGGAACUCCUCGGGGUCUUGUUUUCGACGCAGCUUCGUAGAUCCAGAGGGAGGCAGCGUUCGGCGAGCACGUGCAGGAAGUAGUGUUCGCUUCCGGUCACCUGUCGCGACAGCAGAGACGGGCGAGCCGCGUCGCAUUUCUGAGAGACCCUUGUUUCCAGAAGAAACGAAACAAACAGAGCUGAACCUCCCACAUUCCAGAGGCAGAGCCACUGCAGAAGUCUUCGAGCCCGCUUGUAACUCUUGUGAGGCCUGUGGAAGAGAUCAGUGGGGUUCUUACCCCGAUCGAGUUGCUCCGGCGUCCUCUGCUUUCCCAGCCGUCCCUGGCACUUGCGCGCAUGCCAGGGGACGUCGGUUUUCGGUGUCUCAGACGCCAAACGGCGAACCGAAUCGUUUUUCUUUGUCUUCGAUGCAUGUAGACUCUCUCUCGCGUGAGUUACAAGGCACACCGCCGUGCGAACACUGCGGCCCCGGGAGAGAGCACAGCGCCGUCGAUGGCAGCUGGCCCGUCUUGUCAACUUCGUGUCACUGUCCAGGAACGAGAGGCAGGCGAGAGUUCCGUGCAGCCUUGAACGCUUCUUCGUCCUCUUCUGUGGUGUCUUGUUGUUCGAACGCUUCUUGUAGUGCACUUGGAAGAACGGCCUUCCCUGGCGACCAUGUAUGCGGUCGUGGGUACACGAGGAGUGGCCAGGUUCCCGGGGGGUCGGAGGCGCGGUUGCUUGUACACUCCAGUCGCCCUUUCUCUCUGUUUGGCGCGAACUCGAGGGCGAGGAAAACCGCCAGUGACACCACGCGUUUUCCUGUUGCUCGCACUUCCCGUCAGUCUUGUCCAUCCUGCACCCCGCAGUCACCGGAGGUGCAUGUUGGUCAGUUUUCUUCUCCAGGUGCCCGCGGUAGCUGUGUCGAUCAGGCGUACCCUUGUAGCUCUUCCUGCGACGCCUGCGAGUACUGCCAGCGGUCGGUGAGUUCAAAAGGUUUGCCUCCACCCUCCUUGCUUUGUGAGGAUCAUGACCGUGGCCAGGGUUAUCUGGGGACUUGUACGCCUGUCGCAAGACCCUCUGUCUCUGCUGCGUGUACAUCUGCUUACACGGAUGGCGGACGAUCGAGUUUUUCUAAUGGUCAGCAUGCAAGUGUCACGUCCGGAACCGGGCAACGGCAAGGCCCUCCAGUUGUUCGACAUAGGGUGUUUCUGCGGCCCACAGCGACUGCUGCAGAGUCUCCUGGGGGAGUGACUCCUGUCCGUCGAGAAAGCCACGCGUGCAGACAAGGCCAAGCAGAGGAAAGAAGACAGCAGAUGGAGACACACCCCUUGGAUGUGCUGCAGCAGAGCGCUUCCUCUGGUUUUCACCAUGCUGGGAACUGCAGGGGUGUCGGGGAACCUCCUCGAAGGCGGCGCGAGGUGGAGCAUCCUCCCCGGUCUGUCGAGGCUCCAGCUCAGGCCUCUCGGAGUCUCCCAGUGCUUCCCAGGCACGCUCGUUGGGAGAACCGACGAUGCAGCCUGUCGUCGCGGUCGAAGUUUCUCCCUUUUGAGGAACUCGGGUCAGAACGCGCGGGUGUAUCUCCACUGGGGCAAGGGUUUCCGAAUUGUGAAGGAACGGGAAACCUGAACGAGGGUUCUAUGAGGGAGGCGUCAGAAGUCGAGGUGGAGGACUCGAAGAAUCGGGUCAGAGGCGGUUUCUCGACAGUCCCGUCUUCGACUGCGGCUUCGAGGCCUCGGAGUGAACGUGAUAGCAUGCGCCGUAGCGCACCUGUUGCUGAAGGAACUAUGAGAGAGCAGCUGAGCAAAGACGAAGGACCACCAGAGGAUAUGCACGCGGUUUUGGAGCAACAGCAACGCAAAUUAGCCGAGCAACUCCGCCUUCUUGAUCUCAUUGAAACCCAACAGCUCAAAAGUGGACUUCUGGGGCAGACAGGAGAUAAACGGCCCGAGGUUGGUAGCUCACAACCGAAGACCGCCGCAGUGUCCGAUACACGACAGGAUGACGCGCAGGAAAAUCUAAGUUUUCUCGGCAACACUCGUCAUUUGCUGCACCUCGACGUUGAAGUGGUCCGCAGAGGACGCGGGAAACAUUGGAGCGUCUUUCAGAGGAUCGGAACCCAGCCUCCACAUGAAGUUCCUCAUGCUGGCCAUGUGUCACUGACAAAGACAGAAGAAGAAUCGCACGGAUGGUGUCGGUCCGGUAACGAUCGUGUGAGAGAAGGGAACCGCCUGGUUGCUGAGACUGUAAAACGCGUAUUUUUGAACGCAGAUGAUACGUGGACCACGACAAACGAACAAAAUGAACAACAGCUGAAGGAAGUAGAAGAUGUCGCGUGGGCAUUGGCAGCUGCCGAGAGGAAGCAUGCAAACGGGCUUCUGCGUGUUUGA